AGCUGAGCACAGGGUGGACUCUCCCUCCUGAAUGAAUGGCGAAUAGAAAGAGAGAGGAUUUCUGUUCUGUUCUGUGGGCCAUCAGCAUGAAAUCAUAUGUUCCUCCCAGGCAGGGCUUUACAUUUCACAUUUUAGUUUGCAUGCCCGUUCCAGACAAUUCCAGGGCUUUUGAAUCAUGCCUCAACCUUCCUGGCCGCUCUCACCUCCAAAAACCCAAAAAACGGAGGAGCUGCCUGCCAGGCCAAGAGAUGCACAGGUCCCGCCCCGGCCCCGCCCUCUGCCGGUUCUAAAGGGCGAGGUCUCUCUGCCUCGCGCCCCGACCCUACCCCGCCCAGGCCCUGCCAAACUGUUCGCGGGCCCCGCCCAGGCCUGGCUUCUGUCCUGCGCGCGCAAACCCGGUGGCGGAUCGCUUGGAGUGAAGGUCCUACCGCGGCAUGAUUGAUUUCUAAAGACUCAUGUUACAUGAGGAAGCAGCUCAGAAGAGGAAAGGAAAGGAGCCAGGCAUGGCUCUUCCUCAGGGACGCUUGACUUUCAGGGAUGUGGCUAUAGAAUUCUCAUUGGCAGAGUGGAAAUUCCUGAACCCUGCACAGAGGGCUUUGUACAGGGAAGUGAUGUUGGAGAACUACAGGAACCUGGAGGCUGUGGAUAUCUCUUCCAAAUGCACGAUGAAGGAGGUCUUGUCAACAGGGCAAGGCAAUAGAGAAGUGAUCCACACAGGGAUGUUGCAAAGACAUGAAAGUCAUCACAUUGGAGAUUUUUGCUUCCAGGAAAUUGAAAAAGAUAUUCAUGACUUUGAGUUUCAGUCACAAAAAGAUGAAAGAAAUGGCCAUGAAGCAUCCAUGCCAAAAAUCAAAGAGUUGACGGGUAGCACAGACCGACAUGAUCAAAGGCAUGCUGGAAACAAGCCUAUUAAAGAUCAGCUUGGAUUAAGCUUUCAUUCGCAUCUUCCUGAACUCCACAUAUUUCAGCCCGAAGAGAAAAUUGCUAAUCAAGUGGAGAAGUCUGUCAACGAUGCUUCCUCAAUUUCAACAUCCCAAAGAAUUUCUUGUAGGCCUGAAACACAUACUCCUAAUAACUAUGGGAAUAAUUUUUUCCAUUCAUCAUUACUCACACAAAAACAGGAAGUACACAUGAGAGAAAAAUCUUUCCAAUGUAAUGAGACUGGCAAAGCCUUUAAUUGUAGCUCAUUUGUAAGGAAACAUCAGAUAAUCCAUUUAGGAGAAAAACAAUAUAAAUUUGAUAUAUGUGGCAAAGUCUUUAAUGAGAAGCGAUACCUUGCACGCCAUCGUAGAUGUCACACUGGUGAGAAACCUUACAAGUGUAAUGAAUGUGGAAAGUCCUUCAGUUACAAGUCAUCCCUGACAUGCCAUCGUAGAUGUCACACUGGUGAGAAACCUUACAAGUGUAAUGAAUGUGGAAAGUCCUUCAGUUACAAGUCAUCCCUUACAUGCCACCAUAGAUGUCACACUGGUGAGAAACCUUACAAGUGUAAUGAAUGUGGAAAGUCCUUCAGUUACAAGUCAUCCCUUAGAUGCCAUCGUAGACUUCAUACUGGAAUAAAACCUUACAAGUGUAAUGAGUGUGGCAAGAUGUUUGGUCAAAAUUCAACCCUUGUAAUUCAUAAGGCAAUUCAUACUGGAGAGAAACCUUACAAGUGUAAUGAAUGUGGCAAGGCUUUUAAUCAACAAUCACACCUUUCACGUCAUCAUAGACUUCAUACUGGAGAGAAACCUUACAAGUGUAAUGACUGUGGUAAGGCUUUUAUUCAUCAGUCAAGCCUUGCACGUCAUCAUAGACUUCAUACUGGAGAGAAAUCUUACAAAUGUGAAGAAUGUGACAGAGUUUUCAGUCAGAAAUCAAACCUUGAGAGACACAAGAUAAUUCAUACUGGAGAGAAACCUUACAAGUGUAAUGAGUGUCACAAGACCUUCAGUCACAGGUCAUCUCUUCCAUGCCAUCGUAGACUUCAUAGUGGUGAGAAACCUUACAAGUGUAAUGAAUGUGGGAAGACUUUUAAUGUACAGUCACACCUUUCACGUCAUCAUAGACUUCAUACUGGAGAGAAACCUUACAAAUGUAAGGUUUGUGACAAGGCUUUCAUGUGCCAUUCUUAUCUGGCAAACCAUACUAGGAUUCAUAGCGGAGAGAAACCUUACAAGUGUAAUGAGUGUGGUAAGGCUCACAAUCACUUGAUUGAUUCAUCAAUCAAGCCUUGCAUGUCAUCAUAGACUUCAUACUGGAGAGAAACCUUACAAAUGUGAAGCAUGUGACAAAGUUUUCAGUCACAGAUCACGCCUUAAAAGACAAAGGAGAAUUCAUACUGGAGAGAAACCUUACAAUUGUAAUGAGUGUGGCAAAGCCUUUAGUGACCAGUCAACACUUACCAUCAGGCCAUUUAUGGUGUAGAGAAACUUGACUAAUGUAAUGAUUGUCACAAAGUCUUCAGUAACGCUACAACGAUUGCAUAUCAUUGGAGAAUCCAUAAUGAAGAGAGAUCUUCCGAGUGUAAUAAAUGUGGCAAAUUUUUCAGACAUCAUUCAUACCUUGCAGUUCAUCAGUGAACUCAUACUGGAGAGAAACCUUACAAAUGUCAUGACUGUGGCAAGGUCUUCAGUCAAGCUUCAUCCUAUGCAAAACAUAGGAGAAUUCAUGCAGGAGAGAAAUGUCACAAGUGUGAUGAGUGUGGCAAAGCCUUUACUUCAUGUUCACACCUCAUUAGACAUCAGAGAAUCCCUACUGGAGAGAAAUCUUACAAAUGUCAUCAGUGUGGCAAGGUCUUCAGUCCGAGGUCACUCCUUGCAGAACAUCAGAAAAUUCAUUUUUGAGAUAACUGUUCCCAAUGCAGUGAGUAUAGCAAACCAUCAAGCAUUAAUUGACAUUGGAGUCAAUUCAGCAUUGACUUGAGUUUGUGUUGACUUAACAUUGAGUUCAAGCCUUAACUGACAUUCAAGUGUUUAUGUUAAGAGGAUUGGGCCAGGUGCAGUGGAUCAUGCCUGUAAUCCCAGCACAUUGGGAGGCCAAGGCACAUAGGUCACUUGAGGGUCAAGAGUUUGAAACAAGCAUGGCCAAGAGAUGUGAGCCAGUUUUCCCAGCCUGUUUAUUAUUAUUUUUUGAGAUGGAGUGUUGCUCUUGCUGCCCAGGGUAGAGUGUAAUGGUGCGAUCUUGACUCACAGCAACCUCCGCCUCCUGGGUUCAAGCGAUUCUCCUAACUCAGCCUCCCUAGUUGCUGGGAUUACAGGUAUAUGCCACGACGCCUGGCUAAUUUUUUGUAUUUUUAGUAGGGAAGGGGUUUCUCCAUGUUGGUCAGGCUGGUCUCGAACUCCCGAUCUCAGGUGAUCCGCCCACCUCAGCCUCCCAAAGUGAUGAGAUUACAGGCAUAUGCCACCGCGCCUGGCAUUGUUUCUUCUUUUCCUUUUUUUUUUUCCUUUUUUUUUGAGAUAGUACUUUUUUGAGAUAGUACUUUUUAAAAGGGAUAUACCAUAGUAGUUUUUAAAAGGGAUAUCAGGCUGGGUGUGGCAGCUCACGCCAGUAAUCCUAGCACUUUGGGAGGCCAAGGCAGGCAGAUAACGAAGUCAGGAUAUUGAGACCGCCCUGGCUAACACGGUGAAACCUCAUCUCUACUAAAAAUACAAAAACUUAGCCGGGCAUGGUGGUGGGCACCUGUAGUCUCAGCUACUCGGGGGGCUGAGGCUGGACAAUGGUGUGAACCCAGGAGGCGGCGCUUGCAGGGAGCCGAGAUCAUGCCACUGCACUCCAGGCUGGGCGACGGAGUGAGAGUCUGUCUCAAAAAAAAAAAAAAAGAUAUCAAACCCGGGGUGUCUCAUCCCACAGCACUUUGGAAGACUGAAGUGAGUGCAUCAUCUAAGAUCAGCAGUUCAAGAGUGCCCUGGCCAACAUGGUGAAACCCCAUCUCUACUAAAAAUACAAAAGUUAGUCAGGGGUAGGGGUGUGCACCUUUAGUUCCAGCUACUUGGGACGCUGAGGCAUGAGAAUCACUUAAACCUGGGAGGUAGAGGUUGCAGUGAAUCAAAAUCGUGCCACUGUACUGCAGCAAGGGUGGCAGAGUGAGUCUCCAUCUCAAACAAACAAACGAAAAAAACAGAGACAUCAAAAAUGCUUUUGUUCUCGUUGUAUCAUAGACUUCCCUUUUGUUUCCUUCUGGUUCCUCUUCAGUUCUCUAUUUAUUUUUUCUUUUUUGCAGUUUGAGUUUGAGAUAUAUCUCAGUUUUAAUAGUUUUAUUUCUUAAUACAUAAUGACUUCUGAAAGAUGCCUUUGCAGCAUCCUGUAAUCAGCUCACAUCAUUCAUUUCUGUACUUGUAUAUUUUCCAGUUAUUUUCCGGUUGACCCCAAAAUUUAUGAGAUUUUUUUCCUACAACAAUUUCAAAAGAGUUGCUGUUUGAAAUUAGUUGCAUCCAGUUCAGAUCGAGGUCUGCAUGCUUUCUAGUCUUUGUUGUUUAUUGGAAGGCUGUGGUACCUACUACUUAAGUUUGAUUGUUUCAGUGUGUACUUGGUAUAGAUGUCAGUGACCUUUUAACUAAACAUCAAAAUGUUGUUUAAGCAGUUAGUCUGUUUUUCAGUUUUCUUUCCUUAUGUCAUUUGUUAAAAAUCUUGAGCUGGGAGCUAUUUAUUGCGUGUUUCCCUCUCAAGGCCUUGUGGUCCAUUCUGGAAAAAUGUUGAAACAUGGGCUGGAGUGUCAUAGAGCGCUGCUCCAAAAGCACCCAUGUAUUCUUUUCUUUUUUUGAAAUGGAGUCUCGCUCUGUCAGCUUGGAUGGAGGGCAGUGGUGCGAUCUCAGCUCACUGCAACCUCUACCUCCUUGGAUCAAGUGAUGCUCCUGCCUCAGUCUCCUGAGGAGCUGGAAUUACAGGCACCCACCAGCACACCCAGCUAGUUUUUGUAUUUUUAGUAGAGACAGGGUUUCACCACGUUUGUCAGGCUGGUCUCAAACUCCUGACCUCGCGAUCCACCCGACUCAGCCUCCCACUGUGAUGGGAUUACAGGCAUGAGCUACCGCGUCGAGACUCUUUUUUUUUUUUUUUUUUAGAUGGAGUUUUGCUUUCGUUGCUGAGGCUGGAGUGCAAUGGUGCGAUCUGGUGUCACUCCAAUGUCUUCCUCCCGGGUUCAAGUGAUUUCUCCUGCCUCAUCCUACUGAGUAGUUGGGAUUACAGGUGCCCUCCACCACUCCCGGCUAAUUUUUUGCAUUUUUAGUAGAGACAGGGUUUCAUCAUGUUGGCCAGGCUGGUCUUGAACUCCUGACUUCAGGUGAUCUGCCCACCUCGACCUCCCAAAAUGCUAGGAUUACAAGCGUGAGCCAUUGUGCCUGACCACUCAUGUAUUCUUGAUUGAAAUAAUUUGCUUAUUUCUUAGUUCUACAGCUGACCCUCUUUCACUGUUUCCAAGGUCAAUAGCUGUAUGUUCACACUUCUGCAUUUUAUAAAUGUUCCUGUGAGUUUUUUGUAAGGAAGAAUUAACUGUCAGGAAUCAGUGUCAUCAGAACCUUGUAAAAGAAGUUUCUUUAGCCCAGGUUUGUGAAAGAGGCUUCUCUAAUUUUCAAGGAUGGGGGUGAUAAGAGCAACCUUUGCCAUUAGCCCUUCCAGGACCCCGUGUAAGACUUUAGACACCUUCUCACUCAUCUCAGACCUUCUCAGGGUAACUUGGUGAAAAUGUCUUCCGAUCUGAGCCCCAGUGAGCCUCCCUGCAACUUGGCGACGAGGGGCUUGACCAGAAAAGCUCAACCCGAGUGUCCCUGGCCCUUGAAAUGAUUGGCAAAAUGGAGUGCGUGUCUGGGUGUGGCUUUUUUUUUUUUUUUGAGGAGUGCCCAGUUGUGAUUAGAAUUUUCAAUGGGAUGCAGUGCCCUCAAAAUGAAAAACAAAAGCAGAGGAAUGGAAGAAACAGAGGUGUAGACUCAGACACAGAGACCAUCUUCGGGGCCUUUCUCUGUAUGAGGACAUCACAGCCAAAUCUAAAGCAGGUCACGUCAUCCCUGGCAGGGAACCCUCCACCAGCUUCCCAUGUUCCCCAGGACAAAAGCCCAACUCCUCACUGUGGCUCCACAGCCCUGUGUUCACGGCCCCUGCCAGUGUCCAGCCUCCUCCUGGGAGCUUGCCCUCAUCUCAUGAAUCCCUCUGCCCCAGUCAUAUUUGCUUUUCUCUUUUCCCAAACAUCAAAACCCUUCCUGUCUCAGGUCAUCAUCCCUGCUCUUACCCUAUUGUACCCUGUCUCUUUCUCCUCCUUCAGGUCUAGGCUCAGAGCUCUCUGCCAUGCCCUCCCACCCCUGGUCUCAAGCUCCUGAGCUCAAAUGAUCUACCCACCUCGGCCUCCUAGACUGCUGGGAUGACAGGCAUGAGCCACUGCAACCAGCCUCUGCAUGGGGUUUCCUCAACUCUGGGUCUGUGCCCUGAAGGGGAGCUCAUUUCAGCGCAGUUCCCAACUGCUGCAGCAUGUGUGUGUGGGCUUCUCCAGAAGGGGAGCCAGAGUUUCCCUGUAGGAGUUUAUCCUCCAUGGUGAGGAGGGCCGCAGGGGGGACUGUAUUUGCUCAGGGUGAGGUCUCCUUUGUGUCAGGCCUCUGAGCCCAAGCUAAGCCAUCGUAUCUCCUGUCACCUGCACGUAUACAUCCAGAUGGCCUGAAGCAACUGAAGAUCAUGAAAGAAGUGAAAAUACCCUUAAGUGAUGACAUUCCACCAUUGUGAUUUAUUUCUGCCCCAUCUUGACUGAUCAAUGUACUUUGUAAUCUCCCCCACCCUUAAGAAGGCUCUUUGUAAUCCUCCCCACCCUUGAGAAUGGACUUUGUGAGAUCCACCCCCUGCCCGCAAAGCAUUGCCCCUAACUCCAUCGCCUAUCCCAAAACCUAUAAGAACUAAUGAUAAUCCCACCAUACUUUGCUGACUCUUCACACUCAGCCCGCCUGCACCCAGGUGAAAUAAACAGCCUCGUUGCUCACACAAA